AUGGCAGAACAGUUAGAGAGCCGUGUUCUGGGGAUCGAGCAGGGGCAGGAAGAGCUAAGCAAUCAAGUAAAGAAGAUAUUGGACCUAUUGCUGAACAAAGGGAAGACAGUCCAAGAUCAGGAUCAUGAAGAAGAAAAUGACCCUAUCCACCCGCCCGGUUUUACACCAAUUCAGGGGCAAUCUUCUGGUCCGCCCCCAUUCACCUCACCGCCGCAUGGCACGCCACCUUUUAUCCCAGCAGUGACAGGAAUAGGGAUGCCCUCAUCAGCGGUUGCGGGUGUAGGGACAAGCAAGACUGCGACGGAAUACCGUUGUGACGAAUUGGAAGAACGGCUAAGGGCCAUAGAGGGGACUCGGACCACCAGUACCGCCAGACCCUCAGAUUACUGCCUAGUCCCUAAUGUAGUCAUUCCUCCAAAGUUUAAGAUGCCAGACUUCGAGAAGUUUGACGGGACCACAUGCCCUCAUACCCACCUCCGGAUGUAUUGUCAGUCGAUGGCCGCCUAUACCGAUAAUGAGAAGUUGAUGAUGCAUUGCUUCCAAAGCAGUCUUACCGGGACAGCGGCUAGAUGGUAUGUCCAACAGAAUAAGGCCCAGAUCCGCACGUGGGGUGACUUGGCCGAUGCCUUUGAAGCGCAAUAUCGUCAUAUCUUGGAAAUGGCUCCAGACAGGAUGUUUCUUUCUGAAAUGGAAAAAAAGCCAACAGAAACUUUCAGGGAGUAUGCACACCGUUGGAGAGACGCGGCCACUCAAGUGGACCCUCCGGUCAACGACCGUGAGGCAAUAUCGAUGUUCGUAGGGACGUUAAAAGAUCCCUACCGUUCACAUCUAGUAGGGUCCACUCCUCAUAACUUCAUGGACAUUGUGUCGGCAGGGGCCAGAGUGGAAGCCGACGUCAAAGCUGGACGGAUAAAGACUGGCACUACCGAUAAUGGCCCAAGUAAGAAGUGGGUCAAAGGUAAAAAGGAAGAAGAGACCCAAAUGAUACAGGGACCUAUGAGAAGCCUAAGACAGAGAAGCCGAAGUCAACAACCUCGGGGAAAUUUCUACAUGGAACCAGUAGUAAACCAAACACUGCAUAUGGGCCCCAGACCCCAGUUUGUGGCCCCCGCGCUUGUGCCAACCCAGCCGAACAUACCAACUCGCCCGAGCCAGCAAACACACACGAGGAAUACACCCAAGAGUUUUCGAAGAUUGGAACCGAUUCCCAUGUCAUACGCAGACUUAUUCCCCCAGCUUUUAGAACAAAGGAUGAUAUCUACCAUCCCCGGGAUUCCUCUCACAAAUCCUCCCCCACACUGGUAUAAUCCCGAGGUCCGAUGCGCGUACCAUGCCAAUUCUCCAGGGCACCCUAUUGACCAAUGUUGGGCCUUCAAACACAAGGUGCAAGAUUUGAAGGAUGCGGGUUGGUUGUCAUUCGAUGCGAAGCCGGUUGGUAUUCAAGAGAAUCCUUUGCCUGACCAUGGGAAGGACAAUGUCGGAAUGAUCGAGGAACAAGAUGGGGAAAAAUUCGAAAGAAGAUGGGAGCAAAUGACGCUAGACUGGGUGUAUAGUGAACUGACAAUGGCAGGCCUAGCAGGGUUAAAGGCUAUUUGCCCUAAAGGCGCCCCAUGCACAUGCCAGAAUACUAUGAAAAGAUCAGUACAACAAUGUGAGACUUUCCGGAUUUUUCUAAGUAGCUUGAUUGACAGCAAACGAGUGGAAGUUAGCCGCGUUCAGAAAACAAAUGAAGUUUCAGUCAUAGGGGAAUCUGACCAUCCCCAAUUCACCAAUAGACCAUUUAUCCCCAUCAUGGGAAAAACCCCACGAGUCCCAGAGGCCCCAGUUCGGGUAGUGAUCUCAGCCCCUCGCCCUUUCGCAUACCACAGUGACCAGGCAGUGCCAUGGAGAUACAAUUGUGAAGUACGCACCGAAGGAGAAACUAGCAGUGCUGCUGAAGCAAGAGGGAUAACCAGAAGUGGAAGGGUUUAUACGCCGAAGGUCUUGGAGAAGGUGCAACCUAGCCAAGAACAGAAUAGGAACCUGAAGAAGCCAGUUCAAUCUCAGGAAGCCGAAGAAUUCUUGAAGAUUAUUAAACACAGUGAAUACAACAUUAUUGAUCAACUGAAGAAGAUGCCAGCCCAUAUCUCUGUUUUAUCACUGUUGUUGAGCUCGGAAGCCCAUCGGGAAGCCCUAUUAAAGGCUCUUAAUCAGGCCUAUAUUCCCCAAGACAUCAGCAUCGAUAAUUUUAACCAUGUGAUUGGUGGUCUUACGGCUACCAACUACAUUACAUUCGCUGAUGAGGAGAUCCCCGUGGAAGGACAAGGGCACAAUCAGGCGUUGCACGUUUCCGCUAAAUGUCGAGAUCACAUGAUUGCACGAGUGUUGAUCGAUAAUGGGUCAUCUUUGAAUGUCAUGCCCAUGACGACCCUACAAAAACUGCCUGUUGACCCGUCCUACAUAAGGCAAAACAAUUUGACUGUGCGGGCUUUCGAUGGCACCGCAGGGAAUCGAAUGUUAAAGUUCGAUGAAAAACCAACCUUGACCAGUAGCGAUCCCACCGUCAUGAUUAAUCUUGGAACUGAGGAAGAGCCCAAGCAGAUCAAAGCCAGUAAAGCAAAAAUUGAGGAGAAUGCGGCCGGAGAUGUUACUCAAGAUAAAGGAGGAGGUACAGAAACAGCUUGA